AUGUCUGGUCAAGCAGGCGGCGGAGGGAGAAAGAACAUGAUUCUCCACGAGCAAUCUCGAAACAGGGGGGAUAUACGUCCCCCCUCUACCGAUCCUUUGACCCGAGAUAUGAUAUCUCCGCCCUUAUCCCAGGAAUCGGCCUUUGACUCGAACAUGAUUGCACCCCAGGUCUACUCGGGACUGGAAUAUGUCUCAAGCAAGCUACAGUCUAACACGCUGCACCUGACUCUCAUCCUCUCCCGUUCCAAACCACUGCCUAUCGGUCAAGGGUGCAAUCUCACUGUCUUUCCCGUCGGCACUCUCUCGGACAAUGAGCGCCAUAUUUUCAGCAAGUAUAUCCGGCGAGCGGCAAGGAAGUACCAUCUCCAGCCAAAAUGGAUGGCUCUCUCGUCAUCAAGCUCUGGCAUGGACGCUAUGUUCAACCCGGAAUACCUUAUCGACAGAUCACUGAAGCAGAACGAUGUCUUGAUCAGCCUUGAGGGACUCACUAUUUUGAACAUUGACCGCACGUACACUCUCAAACAGUAUCUCAAUGCACUCUCCACUCCCUGGGUGACGCCGAAUACGAUGAUCGACCGUAUCCCCAGCCGCAUCUAUACCGAUGCCUGUCUCUACCUCCUUCGACAGUCUGUUCAGAGUACAGGAGGCCGGCCGUUCGCCAAGUCGUUCUUUUAUCACGCUUAUAACCACUUGCACUUUGAAGACCACCUCAUUGUCGACAUAGCCAACGAAUAUUUUGCUCGUUAUAAGCAGGUAGCCAUUGUUCUGCCAAAGCCUCCAGCCUCUGAUCCUGUCCUCGAAUCGGAUCCGGAGUCUAAAUCAAAGGGGGAGUCAAAGCCAAACAUUAACCCUGAGGUGAUAGUGUCGAAGCCCAAGGAAGAAAAAGCGGAGAAGCAAAAGGUUAAAAAGAAGGAGAUUUCUGCCUCAUCUCUGGGUACGAGAAGAGUUAGCUUUGCAAAGGCACUCUCUCCUCUCAGAGCACGGACACCUCAUAGCGCCUCCGACGUCACUCCGAUUACCCGGAAUGAAUGGAACAUCCUCGUCAGCGAUUCGACUGUCGGCAGGAAGAAACCCGUCCAAUUAACUGUUCCGCUAGAAGCUGGUUGUGCCCCUGAUAUAGAGGGGGAUGGAGUCAUAUAUGACCUCAAUUGGGAGGAUGUUGAAGAGUGA